AUGAAGAAAAUUUCUUGGAUGUACGGACUACUAUUAUUUUUUCUGUUUCUUAUAUUUUUAAUUAGAUUUAGAUUAGUUGAUAAAUUUGAUUCGGUAAUUGUGGAAAUUAAUGACGGAAAAAUUGUGGGUAAGUCCGGAGUGAAUUCGAAUGGUGAGAAAUAUUAUUCGUUUUUGGGUAUUCCAUACGCUAAACCACCAUUGGGCAGUUUAAGAUUUAAGGCCCCUCAACCAAUUGAACCUUGGAAGGAACUAAAGGACGCAAGAAAAUUCAGCAACGAAUGCGUUCAAAAAGAUGGAGAAAUCAGAAAAACAAAAGGGUCAGAGGAUUGUCUAAAUAUUAAUGUUUUUACAAAAGUGUUGCCCCAAGAAGAUCCUCAACUAAAACCAGUGAUGGUUUACAUCCAUGGAGGACAAUUCUUGAGAGGAUCUAACAAUGUAGGUCCUGACUAUCUUCUGAAAGAAGAUAUAGUAUUAGUAUCAAUCAACUACCGUCUAGGAUUACUAGGUUUCUUGGUACUAAACGAUACAUCUUUAAACGUACCUGGAAACGCAGGAUUAAAGGACCAAAUCCUCGCUUUAAAAUGGGUCAAAAAGAAUAUAAAGGCCUUCAACGGAGAUCCCGAUAGAAUCACGAUCUUUGGAAUAAGCGCUGGUGCAGUUUCUAUUGAUUUUAUACUGUUGUCACCCUUAGCCAAAAAUCUGUUUCAUGGUGCCAUAAUCCAAAGUGGAUCCGUUGUAAACCCGUGGGCUAUUGGAACUUUUGAUCCGGUUGAUUUCUGUAGAUAUCUGGGACAAAAUAAUUUAUCGGAAAAAGAGAUUUUUGAAUUGUUUACAAACCUGCCAGCUGAGCAGAUGAUUUAUGAACAGGAUAAAUAUCUGGAGGACGAAACACUCGGUGUUAUUGGCCCAGUGAUAGAAAAACCAAGCGAUACGGCCUUUAUAACAAAACACCCAAUUGAAAUAAUUCGUUCAGGACAAUACAAUUCGGUCCCAGUGAUCCAGGGCUACAACAGCAAUGAAGGAAUUUACUUUGAUAUGCUCCUUAACAUCUUGAAGGUAUCUGAAAAACACAAAUACAGACGAAAUAAAAUUAUCGAUAAAGUAAUGCGAGAUAACAGCAUAGAAGAUGACGAUAUUUUAUUGCCACUUGAUAAAAUGCUACCGUAUGAGACUGAGUUUAAUGAUCCCAAACAGUUAGAAGCUAUUUUGAAGAAAUUAUUCGGUUAUUAUUUUAAAGAAAAAAAUAAAGAAAACAGCAUACGCCUAAGUACAGAUGCAAUGUUUGUUAUCGGUAUCAUUACAUCAGCAAUCAAUAAAGCCAAAACUUCAAAAUAUCCGGUAUAUUUAUAUAGAUUUUCCUUAAUAACGAAACUCAAUAAACAUAAAUCAAAUAAAUACCAUGGGGCUUGCCAUGGAGAUGAUAAACAUUACCUAUUUCCAACUUUAGAAAUAUCUAUAGGAGAAGAUGAAAAAAUUGGUAUACAUCGAAUGGUGAAGUUGUGGACCAACUUUGCAAAGUACGGUAACCCCACACCUAACGUAAAUUAUGAUUUAAAAGUUAAUUGGAAACCGAUACAAAAUAAUACGGUAUACUUUUUGGAUAUUGAUAAAGAAUUAGAGUUAAAUUGUAAUCCGGAAAAAGACAGAACAGCUUUAUGGAAAGAAAUAUAUAAUAUAAAUCCUAAAACAAGGAAUUAUUUGUAA